ACGAAGAGAAUCUUAACUUCUUAUCUGACACGAUAGUUUCUGUUUCAAAUCAGGAAAUCAAAAUGAAACCCUUUUUCUUGUAACGGUUCUGAUGGUGCUAGGAGUUGACUGCGGGCCCCGCUAUGUGGGAGGAGGUGAAACUUUAUGUGACCGAAGUGCAUGCGACUGGCCUGUUUGUCCUGGAGGAGAGCGGCCGCAAAGGUACAGUGGUCAAUGUUGUCCUUCUUGCCCGCCUCCCGUUGGACCCGAUUGCUCAAGGACAUUCUGCACACUGGACAUAAAGGUCUGUGCGGACGGGCGGCCAGCUCCUGUCCCAUCUGGAGAAUGUUGUCCACGAUGCAUCGACCCACCAAAUGGCCAAAAGCCUGGUCAGUGUCCACAGAGACGCGGCAGUGCUUGUAGAUCUGUGCAUCCUGAAUGCAACGGAGAUUACUCUUGUCCCGAAAAUCAAAAAUGCUGCACUAACGGUUGUGGACGCCGAUGCACUAGACCUUUGUUUGUGGGACAAUAUCGCAGAUGAAGUCGAAGUGAAGCUACAAACGACGAGUACAUCAAGGACUGUAACUCGUGUUAUUAAUCAUAGUGUUUUAUUAGGGUUUCUAUGUCGUAAUAAAUUCCAUAUGUAAGGUGUAUUUCAAAUUUAGCACUAAAACAAUAUUGUCUUAAAUGUUGUUUAUAAUUAAAGCUUAAACAAUAGCAAACUGAUACAAUUUCCAAUUCACUCAAUGUAUUUAAUAUAACAUUUAUGGUACAGAUGAACAAUAAAUGCAUUACAACACUCA